AUGAAGAGGCGGUCGAGCGCAUCUACUCUAUCUCAUACCGACUGCUCAUUGCCACGUUUUUCUACGAGGAUGCGGUGGUUGACGAUUCUUCUGCUCCCAGCUGCAUGUUUGGCGUAUUGUCCAGAGUUUUUCAAGAAUCAGACAGCAUGCUCAUGUUUCGACAACCUCGAUGGGUCCGUGAUUCGUUGCUCUGGUCAAGAAGGUCCCAUGAUGGUGGAACAGAUGAAGAAGUUACAUUUUGAAAUUCGCGAACUUACGCUGGAAAAUGCGAACAUCGUCGAGAUCGGACCACGUGCAUUCAAAAACCUUCGUAUAAGGAAGCUGGUUUUGGACAAGAAUCGCAUCAAAGCAAUACAUAAGGAUGCACUGCGAGGUCUAGAAAACGUUUUACAGGAGUUAUCGCUCGCACAGAACAAACUCACUGAGGUGCCCAGUGAUGCCGUCGCGGGAAUGCGUGCUCUCAGCGUGCUCAACCUCAAGUGCAACCGGAUCGGUAAUCUCACAAAAUCUGUCUUCCAAAACUUGGACUCGCUGAUUGACGUCAACCUGUCAUGCAAUGAAGUUUGCGAAGUAUCGUCAGAUGUGUUCGACGGCGUGCGAAACACUCUACAAAAUCUAAUUCUCGACAUGAACUGCUUGAAAAUGUUCCCAGCAGGCGCAGUGAAGAAUAUGGAGGCUCUCAUCGCUUUACAUUUAAAAGGCAACAAGAACACACCAAAUCUCAGAUAUGUGUACUUAGCAGGCAAUAAAAUUCAAUCACUUGCUGCUGGCACAAUGACUCAACUUAAACAAGCACAAGUAUUAGAUCUUGCGUUCAAUCAGUUAUCUGAGAUUGGUGAGGAAACCUUCAGUGGGUUAGAAAGUCUGCAACACCUUAACCUUGAAAGCAACAAUAUUCAGUCGAUUGCUUCUGGAGCCUUUGCUGGGAUCCCGCUGCUGCUAUUAUGGCUGCCCAACAACUGUCUGAACUCAGUAACUCCAGCGACGUUCCAAGGAGCACUUUUCUUACGGCAACUUUCUCUCGCCAAUAAUAACAUCAAAGAGAUUCAGGUAAAAUAUUCACGCCUCUUCAUUCACCACCUUGCUAAUCUGCACACGGUUGACCUUGCGAACAACAGAAUUCGAUCUCUACAACAAGGAGCGAUCCAGGGAUCGGAUCACCUCACAGUGAGGCUUCAAGAAAAUCCAAUGGUAUGCUUGCAAGAUGGAUUCCACGUCAUGAACGGUAAUCAGGCAAUCAACCUGACAACAGAACCAAAUAACAUCUGUAAAACUAACUGGCGCGAUGAGAGCGACAAAGUGUGCUUGAAGAAGGAGAAAAGCAAGCAGCAGCACGAGCACACUCGAAUGAGGCAGAAACAACUAUUGAGACGACCAGGUCAAGCUCAACUCAUCACACCACAAGAAUUCCAACUAGAA